AUCAGUGUUUUUCACUGUUCCAAUGUAAAGUUCCAUAGCAUGGAUACGAUGUUGCUAACAGACACACGUUCCUCAGGCUACAUCAGUGUCGUGACAAGAAGUGUUAAGGUACCAAAAAUCAAAUAGCAGGACAAAUGUCAGCUAUUCAUAACGGGUCGACACGGACAGAAGAAGAAAAUCUCGGAAUAAUCAAUACAUCGACUUUGACAUUGUAGCAGUGACACUUGUCACCUUACCGUAUGACAAAUCUGAGGGGGCACGUGCCCAUGUGCCUCCUAUGGGUAUGAUACCUCUGAUCUGGAAGAACUCUCACCUUCAUCAGAGCAUUAAAAAUGAACUAUGCCUAAAAGUGGACGGAUCACUUAAUAUGUACAAGACAUCUGAGACACCACCAUGGAGAACAACGGGACAGUGUGUGUGACAUCAGUGAAAGGGUUAAAGGACAACUGGCAGAGAUGGUCCAACGAGCACCAGGAGUACCAGAAAGACAACCCCUUCAGUAACGACCGGGGGGCUAUGGUGAGUGCGACUGCCCAGCAGCAGAGGCUCCAGCGGGACCAGGAUGGCUACGGGAGGCCCCUGGAGGGCUCCUUGACAGAGCAGAGGGGCCAGGACGCCCACAUCCACAUUAGCCGGGAGGUGGAGGAGCUCUGCCAGGUGAUCAGGGACAUCGGGGAAAGCUGUGGGGACGGAGGCAGCGAGGAGAGACCUGUGGUGACGGUAGAGUUUGGGAAGCUGUUUGAGCACUAUGUGAACAUCUCCAACAAGGUGGUGGGGAUCCUGCUGAGGGCCAGAAAACAAGGCCUGGUCAGCUUUGAAGGGGAGAUGUUGUGGCAGGGGCAGGAUGACCGGGUCCUCAUCACACUGCUACAGUCACCAGGAUGAGAUGACAGGGUCGUCUCUAUGCUGCUUCAGUGACCAGGAUGAUGCAGCUGACGGACAAGGCGGUAACCAAGGCCAUGUCCAGAAACAUCCCCUAGCCCUUAGGCACUCAUGUACAGUAGUUGUGAAAGGAUUGGCUAGGUCUAAGCAAUAUGAUAAAUUACAUUAGGUAGCAAGGUGCAGCUAGGUAGCAAGUUGCAGCUACAACACCUAUCAAUUCUUUCAGAUUUACACCUGCACCUAGUAGGGGUAGUUGUUUCUGGACAGGCCCCAAGAGAACCAACCUGUGGCAGCAGUGACAUGCAAUAUGGUGCUGUAGGAUGAACCUGAGCCUAUUGGCCUGAAUGGACCUUGCGUUGCAUUCCCAGUUACACCGCUACACUGUAAUCUACAUAGCAUUUACAAUGUUCCUUAGCAACCUUUGUAAUUAGACACAGAGGAAAGGUGUACUAUUUAGGGCACAAAUAGAACACACUGACACUGUAGGCUUAUGUUACAAAUGCUGGAAGGAGGCUAUGAAACUGCAUACAUGGUUGACAAUGUAGCAAAAUGUACCACCAUUUUAUUUACAUUCAGUAGAAAUAGCACAUCACUUUUUGGGCCACUGGAAUUUGUGGAAUUCACACUGUACUAAAUUCACAUUGUUUAAUUUAACACGGGUUGUUUGAGGAAUGCUUUUGCAUGCUCUUGCACUCAUAACACUAUAUGAUGAAAUAUACUCUAACACUUUACUCAUUUGAAAAAUAAUUAUUUUGUCACCAACUAAUAUACUUUAUUCCACACACACACACACACACACACACACACACACACACACACACACACGUGUGUUCAUGUUUACAAAGGAAAGCACUGAUGUUUUUCAAUAAAGUCUUCCAACAGAUCACCAAAAAUGACUGUUAAUUCAUGAUAAAUUGCAUUAAAAUGAUAGGUAACACUUUAUACCUUUUACAAGGCAUUAGAAAAGGGUCAUAAACAUUUAUAUCAAGUCAUAAAGCCUUAUAACUGCAUACUUUCCAUGAAGUGUUCCUGAAUGAUGUUUCCCAUUAAUGAGAGACCAGGAAGGAAAUCUAAUACCCUAGUGGAGGCAGCAAUGCAUCAUUUAUUUAACCUAACCAUGAACAACCAUUUACAUCAAUACAUGUUGACAUUUUGUUACAGCGACACGUCAACCAAUAAAUACAAACACAUGACGCUCUCAAUUUCAUGCAGCAGCAUACAACUAAACAUACAUUACAUAACCAAACGGUUGCUAGAUCGAAUCCCCGAGCUGACAAGGUAAAAAUCUGUCGUUCUGCCCCUGAACAAUGCAAUUAACCCACUGUUCCUAGACCGUCAUUGUAAAUAAGAAUUUGUUCUUAACUGACUUGCCUAGUUAAGUAAAGGUCAAAUAUAUAUACAUUUAAUAAUUACUUUGUUGAGUGUUCCAUCGGGCUGCAGUGCAUAACAAAAUUAAGAAUCACUCUCCAACAUUCCUAAUAAAAUAACACAGUUAAUGUAGAGUAUUGUGUUAAAUGAAUGUGUGACUCAAGAAACAAUUGUUUGUGGAUGACUGAGCUCCUAUUCUGCAUCUCGAUGAAUUAGUAAUGUAGGUAUUAUUCAGUGAAUAUAUUAAACCUCCACACUCCAGUGUACACUUCCAUUUUACUCUUUGAUCAUAUAUGAUUGAUUACCAUUCAUGCAAAACAGUUGCUUUUCUGACCACUUGACUGACACCUAAAAAAGCUCAUACUUCUCAUUAUGUUUCUCUGCUUUCAGUUAUUUUACCUCAUAAUACAAGAUCCUGUUGACAGUGACUGCAUGGCGAAUGGCACACUAUUCAUUGAACUACUUCUGAGCCCAGAUGGGAAAAGGCCAUUUGGGAUGCCAGCCAGUGGCACAAUGCACAUGCAUUACUCAUCUUUAUCGAAGGUAUCCUGCAAUGACACUUACAGUAUGUUUCCCAGUCCCAAUACAUCCCAUUCACUUACCAUUCUCAGGUAUCCUGGUCAUGCUCACUUAAGAAUGUCUUACUAAUCAUUCUUUACAUUAAUACUGGAGACUAUGCACACACGUACACUGAUAAAGGGAACACUUAAACAACACAAUGUAACUCCAAGUCAAUCACACUUCUGUGAAAUCAAACUGUCCACUUAGGAAGCAACACUGAUUGACAAUAAAUUUCACAUGCUGUUGUGCAAAUGGAAUAGACAACAGGUGGAAAUUAUAGGCAAUUAGCAAGACACCCCCAAUAAAGUAGUGGUUCUGCAGGUGGGGACCACAGACCACUUCUCAGUUCCUAUGCUUCCUGCCACAAAUGUGCAUGUGUCUGCUCAAACGGUCAGAAACAGACUCCAUGAGGGUGGUAUGAGGGCCCGAUGCCCACAGGUGGGGUUGUGCUUACAGCCCAACACCGUGCAAGACGUUUGGCAUUUGCCAGAGAACACCAUGAUUGGAAAAUUCGCCACUGGCGCCCUGUGCUCUUCACAGAUGAAAGCAGGUUCACACUGAGCACAUGUGACAGACGUGACAGAAUCUGGAGACGCUGUGGAGAAUGUUCUGCUGCCUGCAACAUCCUCCAGCAUGACCGGUUUGGCGGUGGGUCAGUCAUGGUGUGGGGGGGUGGCAUUUCUUUGGGGGGCCGCACAGCCCUCCAUGUGCUCGCCAGAGGUAGCCUGACUGCCAUUAGGUACCGAGAUGAGAUCCUCAGACCCCUUGUGAGAUCAUAUGCUGGUGCGGUUGGCCCUGGGUUCCUGCUAAUGCAAGACAAUGCUAGACCUCAUGUGGCUGGAGUGUGUCAGCAGUUCCUGCAAGAGGAAGGCAUUGAUGCUAUGGACUGCCCUGCCCGUUCCCCAGACCUGAAUCCAAUUGAGCACAUCUGGGACAUCAUGCCUUGCUCCAUCCACCACAACGCCACGUUGCACCACAGACUGUCCAGGAGUUGGCGGGUGCUUUAGUCCAGGUCUGGGAGGAGAUCCCUCAGGAGACCAUCCGCCACCUCAUCAGGAGCAUGCCCAGGCGUUGUAGAUCAUACAGGCACGUGGAGGCCACACACACUACUGAGCCUAAUUUUGACUUGUUUUAAGGACAUUACAUCAACGUUGAAUCAGCCUGUAGUGUGGUUUUCCACUUUAAUUUUGAGUGUGACUCCAAAUCUAGACCUCCAUGGGUUGAUAAAUUUGAUUUCCAUUGAUCAUUUUUGUGUGAUUUUGUUGUCAGCACAUUCAACUAUGUAAAGAAAAAAGUAUUUAAUAAGAAUAUUUCAUUCAUUCAGAUCUAGGAUGUGUUAUAUUGGUGUUCCCUUUAUUUUUUUGAGCAGUGUAUAUUUGUAUCACUUUUUAUAUCUUUCUUUACCAAGGGAAAAAUGACCCCAAAAUCAUUCCAGUCAUUACUAUUUCAUAUACUGUGGUAAAAAAUAAAGCGUAACUAUUGGUCAUUUUCACAAAAGUCUUUAAAAUUAGAAGGAAAACAUAUUUGGCUUAAUUUCUGAUUUGGCUGUUCAGCUUGAUACUAAAAUUAAAAACCUCAGUUGAGUUGAUUUGUACCAUCAUCACUAGUCUCACUGUAACCUGCUAGGGAGUAUAGUACUCUCACACAGAGAACCACGGAGGGAGACCAGACCAGUCCUGACCUGCUCACUUCACUACUAGUAAGGUAACCCUGUUUCUCACUGGACCAGCCCAGACUGCAACCCACCACUCAGUUGGUCUCUCCCUUAAGAGUUCAGCUGCUGAAUCAACUGGUCCGCCUGAAGUAGACAAACACACAUAGUACAAUAUUAAAUAAAUUACAAUUCAUGGCUUCUUCAUGGCUUUUUGAUGUCUGAAUUUCCAGUCCAUUGUCACGCUCAUGUAGUGUAUCUAAAGGUAGAAAAACAAAGGCUCUUGCAUGAGGUGAGAGCCUGCAAACCAACCUGAUUGGAAUAGACUGAUAUGGGUGAGUGUCCCUGACAUAGUGUAUAGAUGGCCAUCCUUUAACCUGGGAAGACCCAUAUACACACCAAAGGCAGACACAGGUAAAAACAGGUUUCUUAGUCCGGUGUAUUUGGGGCUUUAGUCAUCUUACUUCAUCCCAACAGAUUUCCCCAGUACAGUAGUCUCCACAUGGAGUUAAUCGACCAUGAAAGCUGGCAGUGAUAAUGCAGUGAGAGAUUAGUGUUGGCUGACUGGCUCUUAACAGAUGACAACAACACAACAGCCAGAGUGAAAUACAAGAGCUGCUAGAACAGGAACAAUGGAGCUGUUCAUCAUCUGCCAAUAAAGACUGUCUAACUACAUGUAUAUGUUUAAAAAAAAGCCCUCUUUCCCAAACACAAUGCUAACAAGCUACUCCGACAAGUCUAAAUGAGUGGAGUUGAUGUGUUGGUGUCCAGGUGCUGUCAAGGCAGCAAGGCAAGGCAAGGGAAAUUGUUGUUCUAUCCCGACUGUGGUAUAGUAUGAACACUGAACUCAAUAGGUGGAUAAUAUUACCACAGAACAGACAAUGUGGGGGGAAUAGUGAAACAUUUAUCACACAAAUUCUGACAGCUACUGUACUACAAUGGCGAAUUGAAAGAGACUUAUCAUGACAAACCAAUAGGAGUUGGGUCUGUAGAAGAGGCGGGACAUGAAGCCCAUUUGACUGGCAGGUGCCAACACAUGGUGAUGCAGGUGAGAGACAGAACAGAAUGGGGGCCAGUGGAAACCAAACCUGUAGACAGAAGCAGGCAAUGUUUAUUUUAUUUUUGUCUCUGCAUGAUCUGCUGUGACAACAGCAGCAUGUUCAAAAUGCUAAAUUCUACAGACUACAGAAUGUGAUUUGCUGUUGUACGUCAUUGCAUUAAGCCAAACCAAUCAAAUAUGCAUGCAUAGCAAACAUUUGGCCUAUACAAUUGGAGUCACUUGUUAAAAAAAGGGCCGGGACGAUACCAGUAUUGCAACACUCGUCAGUAUCGUGGCAAAGAAAUAAAAACACAACAUGGAUUUAAUUUAUUUUGAAAAACAGCCCUAAUGUUGGAAAUAUAUCAUUAUGUUGUCAUCUAGUCACAUUUGUUCAUUUUUCAGGCUAAAUCACACAAUACUUUGCAUACAGUAGGUUUUUAAAGAACCAAAGAGUUGUCUGCUUGUAUUGAAUUUUUUUUGCCAUGGAAAACAUAUCUCAAUACUGGUAUUGUCACAGCCCUAAUAACAUCUGAAGAUUGAAAAACGCUCCUUCAUUUGAAUCAUGUGACAUUGACUGGAGAGAAUGUUGUGGUCAUACCUAACAUCGCUGAGGUCUAAGACAUUGUGCUUCUGAAGGAUCUCCAUCCCUAUCUCCACCAUCUUCUCUACUGAUCACAGACACAGCAGGAUAAUCAGUUAAAACACACACACACACUGUCACACCCUGACCUUAGUAUUCUUUGUUUUCCUUGUUAUUUUGGUUAGGUCAGGGUGUGACAUGGGUGAUGUAUGUGUUUUUACUUAUCUAGGGGUUUUUGUAUGUUUAUGGGGCUGUUUCCCUUCUAGGUAUAUUGUAUGUCUAUGGUUGCCUAGAUGGUUCUCAAUUAGAGGCAGCUGUCUAUCGUUGUCUCUGAUUGGGAACCAUAUUCAGGCAGCUAUAUUCUGUGGGUACUUGGUGGGUGAUUGUUUCCGUGACGUUUUUCACGUUUCGUUUAUUGUUUUGUACGGUUUCGGUUUUUCAUUCAAAUCUACUAUGGACACUUACCACACUGCAUUUUGGUCCGAUCCCUGCUACACCUUCAUCUGAAGAGGAGGAAAUCAGCCGUGACACACACACUCUAGAGGUCGACCGAUUAUGAUUUUUCAAUGCCGAUACCGAUACUGAUUAUUGGAAGACCAAAAAAAGCCGAUACCGAGUAAAUGGACAAUUUAUUUUUUCUUUCAUUUAUUUGUAAUAAUGACAUUUACAACAAUACUGAAUGAACAAAGUGUUGGAGAAUAAAGUAAAAGUGCAAUAUGUGCCAUGUAAAAAAAGCUAACGUUUAAGUUCCUUGCUCAGAACACGAGAACACAUGAAAGCUGGUGGUUCCUUUUAACACGAGUCUUCAAUAUUCCCAGGUAAGAAGUUUUAGGUUGUAGUUACAAUAGAAAUUCUAGGACUAUUUUUCUAUAUACGAUAUGUAUUUCAUAUAACUUUGACUAUUGGAUGUUCUUAUAGGCACUUUAGUAUUGCCAGUAUAACAGUAUAGCUUCCGUCCCUCUACUCGCCCCUACCUGGGCUCGAACCAGGAACACGUCGACAACAGCCACCCUUGAAGCAGCGUUACCCAUCGCUCCAAAAAAGCCACGGCCUUUGCAGAGCAAGGUGAACAACUACUUCAAGGUCUCAGAGCGAGUGACGUCACCGAUUGAAACGCUAUUAGCGUGCACCCCGCUAACUAGCUAGCCAUUUCACAUCGGUUACACCAGCCUAAUCCCGGGAGUUGAUAGGCUUCAAGUCAUAAACAGCUCAAUGCUUGAAGCAAUGCGAAGAGCUGCUGGCAAACGCACGAAAGUGCUGUUUGAAUGAAUGCUAACGAGCCUGCUGCUGCCUACCACUGCUCAGUCAGACUGCUCUACAGAAAUAUGAGCCUUAGGUCAUUAAUAUGGUCAAAUCCGGAAACUAUAAUUUUGAAAACAACACAUAUAUUCUUUCAGUGAAAUAUGGAACUGUUAAGAAUUUUAUCUGACGGGUGGCAUCCAUAAGUUUAAAUAUUCCUGUUACAUUGCACAACCUUCAAUGUUAUGUCAUAAUUAUGUAAAAUUCUGGCAAAUUAGGCAGCCCAAACUGUUGCAUAUACACUGACUCUGGUGCAAUGAACGCAAGAGAAGUGACACAAUUUCACCUGGUUAAUAUUGCCUGCUAACCUGGAUUUAUUUUAGCUAAAUAUGCAGGUUUAAAAAUAUAUACUUCUGUGUAUUGAUUUUAAGAAAGGCAUUGAUGUUUAUGGUUGUUUUUUUAUAUGGUAAGUUUGAAGCUAGCUCGCAACUUACCUUGGCUUUUUACUGCAUUCGUGUAACAGGCAGGCUCCUUGUGGAGUGCAAUGUAAAGCAGAUGGUUAGAGCGUUGGACUAGUUAACCGUAAGGUUGCAAGAUUGAAUCCCAGAGCUGACAAGGUACAAAAUCUGUCGUUCUGCCCCUGAACAAGGCAGUUAACCCACCGUUCCUAGGCCGUCAUUGAAAAUAAGAAUGUGUUCUUAACUGACUUGCCUCGUUUAAUAAAGGUGUUAAAACGUUUUUAAAAUGUUUAAAUCAGCCAAAUCGGUGUCCAAAAAUACAGAUUUCCGAUUGUUAUGACAACUUGAAAUCGGCCCUAAUUAAUAGGCCAUUCCGACUAAUCGGUAGACCUCUAACACACACCUUUAAAGUUGCAUACCUAAUGACACAUGCUCUUUACUGAGUGAUUUACAGUUUCCAACAUGUAUGUGGGCACAACCAGGUAAUGGUGGGGCUCGCUGGUUCAACUAGGACGUCCAUCACAAUCAGCAUUGUUUUCAGUUUGGAAGCUAACCUGCCUAAAAACUAUUUUUUGGGGAUCAAUACUGUAUAUUGUUUCCACAUAGCUAUGGAGUAUGAUCAUAGAACAAAGGGGUUAACGGAUUAGCUCAAAUGACCUGUCAGUGGUCAUCAUUGUCGCCGUUUAUCUGACAGCUAACAUAGCUAGCCAACGUUAGUUAACGUAACGUUAGCCUAGCUAGCUAGUUUAUCGGUGAGUCGACAGGAAAAGCAAACAUUUACCCAACUUGGCAAUACGCACUAAUGACCACCUGAAGGCGGAAGUGAAACACGUCCCUCGCUGAAUCAGUCUAGAUAAAAUAUUUACAUUUUAGUAAUUUAUUAACAUAUGCUUUUCUAUUUUCUGCCACAUCUUCAACAUGUAUAUGUUAAUGCAUCGAUUAUAUUGCAUUGUUGUUUUUGCCUAAAUGAUUUAAAGAUGGGAUUUUUUAAAGCCAUUUUCGUGUUCUGCAGCAGCCAGACCUAGGAAAAGAACGAUACAGAUUAACUUUAUUUAUUUUACUGGUCAUAGCCUAUAAUUUAGUUGAUCUCACUCCUCCUUACUAUUUACAGUAAUAAAGAUGUGCUCAAUUUAGGUAUUUU